AGGCGAGAUCCUGGGCAGCCUCCGGGACGGCGCCGCCGAGCCGCCCUACGGGCACAGCGCGGGUAUCGAUUGUAAGACUACAAUGAUUCUUCUGGAUGGCCGACGAAUCAAGCUGCAGCUCUGCUUAGCAAAACUACCACAUAAAUCUUAUCUGAGAAGGAGCCAGGAAGAAGAUGUUUUAAGUCUUUUUGUGAAGGACAAAGAUGUUCUUUGGAGUUCUUAAAACAAGAGACUGGAAAUGUUUUGACAGUUGAUCAUAUACAGAAAUAUGUGCCUUGCAUUUGAAGAUCCAUAAUCUACCUCAAAAAGUCAUUAUGGAAUUCUGCCCCUUUUGUCCUUCACUGUAAAUUUGAUUUUGCUUUCAAACCCUUUAUGUGUUACUUUUUUUGGUGCACCCUUUACUAAAAAUCUUUGCUGUCUAUAACUCUAGGGAUGCCUUCAUCCCACUGGACUCUUGAUGAACUAUCACUCCUGUAUUCAAGUAUUCAAUGGUUUUCCAUUAGUUUCCUUGGUUAAAGCUAUUGCUUCCUCCCACUUUUACUGUGGGAACAGAAUCUUCUUCAAGCUGAACUAAAUGCAAAGUCUAGUGGCAUACCCUGGAGCAAAUAGGCAUUGCUUUCCAAGGGCGAUGACAAGAGUAAAGUUUGAAGUUCUUGUCCUCUUAUCCUGAGAAACCUGAGAAGUAGAGCUGUAGAGGAAAGGGAAAAACUGCUGAGAGCGAGAAGAGCUCUUACGCAUUAGUAACUGCUACUGCCUGUCUACGGGAAGAAGAGCUGAUAGUGAUCAGCACAAAUGGGUUAAUCCAGCUGAACUCUGAACAUGGGAGGCCACCUGUUGCUUUUAAAAAUAUGUAUAUUCACUUUCUUUAGGGACACGUCAGGGCAAGGGAGAUUCUGCACCAUAUUUCGAUCUUAUUCAAGAGGUGCUCAGGGAGUAAUCCUAGUGUAUGAUAUUACAAAUCGUUGGUCAUUUGAUGGAAUCGAUCGAUGGAUAAAAGAGAUAGAUGAGCAUGCUCCUGGUGUACCAAAAAUCCUGGUUGGAAAUCGCCUCCACUUAGCCUUCAAGCGUCAAGUGUCUACUGAGCAAGCACAAGCCUAUGCUGAGAGACUGGGCAUGACUUUUUUUGAAGUCAGUCCACUUUGUAAUUUCAAUAUUACUGAAUCUUUUACCGAGCUAGCAAGAAUAGUAUUAAUGAGACAUGGAAUGGACAGGCUCUGGAGGCUGAACAAGGUACUGAGUCUGCAGGACCUUUGCUGCCGUGCUGUAGUUUCCUGUACCCCCGUGCAUCUCGUUGACAAGCUCCCUCUCCCCGUUGCCUUAAGAAGCCACCUCAAAUCUUUCUCUGUGGCAAAUGGCCUUAAUGCUGGGAUGAUGCAUGGACGCUCAUACUCCCUCACAUCCGGCAACAUCAAUAAAAGGAACAGCUUAAAGAAAGCUAAAAUCAUCCAUCCUCCGCAGAGCCCACCCAAAAACUGUACAAGAAACAGCUGUAAAAUUGCUUAAUCACCCUGUGGGGAAGGGUACCUGGCUGGAAUUGCCUCUUGUGAAGCGCUGAACGCCAGGACUCCUUGUUUAAUGGCUGAGCCCACUCUGUAUGUAUCACACCGCAGAGACAACAGUAAGGGAGAGGAGUCUUCUUCCAGAGCUUGCUUCCUGCAGUAAUGCUGCUUUGGAAUGAAUGAGGUGUCCAGUGUGACUGGAAGGUUGUGGCAUUUGGCUGUUGGAUUUUCAUACUGUGUUCUACUUUCUGGUGUGCACGAUACCCUUGUUUUCACAUAGAGGAUAAUUAUAAUGAUAUUCAGUUCUUAAUUUCCUGAAAUCUGGAAAGUGACUUACUGUGUAAUUGUAUAAAAACUUGUCUUUUUGCAAACUAUUCAAAAAUACAAAAAUGAGUCCUUGGUUUCCCAUUCAGGCAGAGGUUUUUAAACACAAUGUAUCAUGUACAUUGUUAAAUUCUACAAAGAAUGGGACAAAUCUAGUAAUGCUGCAAUUGUGCAUCUAGAUUUUUUUAAAGCUUCCUCGAUAGCUUUGAAGCACUAACUUAACUAAGCUAAAAAUGUAUAUAUAAUUACUAUGCACAUACACAACAAGCUUUUGUCCCAUUAGUAUAUGUACUAGAUUUGAUAAUGUUUUUGGUAUGUUAUUUAAUACUUUGGGGAAUGAAUUUGUGGUUUAAAUACUUAUUUUUCUGUAAAAAGAAAAAAAAAUUUACAUUUUAUACCAGUCUACAAGAAUGUUCUAGAAGGAAAAUGCCAAAGACACUAUGGUAAAAGGAACAUGACUUGAAGAGUUGCUUUAUAAGGAAAGAAUACUAUUUAAUAAAUAAAUAAAUGUUUCUGGGAAAGGAGCCCUAUUAUGUUUUUUUUAACUAGGGAAGGUUGUUCCUUUAGAAGAUUUUGAAGAACUAGGAACCAGGAAUGUGAGGUCAUCCUAAAAGCAUUGUGUAAUGCUUAUGAUACAACAUGUCUUCAAGACAAAUAUGUGGAAGAGUAACACAUGCCAAGUACUUCUGUUUGCAAAGGAAAUGUGUGAUGUGCUCUCCUGAGCAAUAACAGACCUUGGAAGGGAUGAUGUAGCUUCAUCCUAGUUUCUCCCAGGUGUCUUCACUAAUGUGAGACACUGUCAAGUUAUGUCUCUAUGAUAUUCCUUCUGGAUCAGCACAGGUGUCCACAGCCUCUGCAAGGAAGCAGUGAAAAUUCAAGCCAGUAAAAUGCUGAAGUUAUGCCAGGACCUGGACCAACGAAGGCAUCACUACUUAAAAAUGCAGUGGGGAACAAGUCUUGUAGUUAAAAGACCAAAAAACACAGGCUAUAUUGCUGUGGGAUGGCUCCCUUGGUGAUGAGCAGGCUCCACCUGCUGGUAUGCUGCAGGGCUCGGGGUGAAGCUAUUAAGACUGUGGAGACUGCCUGUCCACAGCUGAAGGAGACGUACAUAGCAGCCCACAGCUAUGAGAGGUUAAACCUGGAUCAGACAUCCCAGCUUCAGGAGUGUUCGGGCUCUGUGCAUGACUAUACUGUUUAAACUCCUUCCAAACUCUAAUCUUGGCCUCUUCAGUCACCAGGUCAUUAGUUUGUUUUCUGUAUGUGCUAUGUGGUAAGAAUGUUCAGCUGGAGAGAGCAUUAAUAUGGAUGUGCGUCCCCUCAAGGUCAGAUUUGCUGCUGCUCCUGCCAGCAGAGAGAAGGAGAGGCUGUGGCAGUGCUCCUCUCUUCAGGUAAUGCCUGCAGAAAUCCCAUGUGGAGUGAGUAAAGCCUGGGUCUGUGGUUGGAAAGAAGACUUAACGAGCUCUUGGCAUUUUUUUAAUUUCAUGUACUAAGUCUUUUAACUGUCUGAGGACAUAAAACCUUGUAAAAAUGCAAUGUGAUUAUUUUUAUUUAUCUAUAUAAACAUAUAACAGAAAUAUAUAUGGAACUA